AUGAGUUCAAAUAGAGGAGGUGGAGGUAAUAGUAGAGGAGGAGAGAGAGGAGGUGGCACUUAUAGAGGUGGCAGUAGAGGAGGUGGAGGUGCUGGUAGGGGAAGUGGUAGUAGCAGAGCAGUGGUGGAUCAUCAUUCUGGAGGAAGUAGCAGUGGUCAAUUCCAUUCAAGUAGACCUUCGUCAUCAUCAUCAUCAGGUGGAGCUAGUAGUAGUAGCAGUAGCAGUCGUGGUUCUUAUGGUUCAAAGACACCUUCCCAUGGUGGUCGUGGAACUGGUUUCAACCAACAGCCUUCUCAACUAUCAUUUGGUAAUAGAAAAGCCAUUGAGGAAGUUUCCAUCAGAACUAUCAAGAUUGAAGAUCUCUCAAAUGUUGGCUCUUCGAGUGCACAAACAGAAAGACCAGCAGAAAGCACUACCUCACGUGCUGUAGUCAACUAUUUCCCUGUAAAAGCUCCUGAGGGACCUUUCUAUCUCUAUGAUGUAAAGAUUAAUCCUGAUGUUGACAGCAAGUAUUUUGCUGGGAACUUAGUCAAACAAGUCAUGCCAAUCAAUGAGAUUUAUCUUUUUGAUGGAACAACAGUUCUCUACACUAAAAAUCCACUCACCAAGAAUAAGGAAACUUUUGAGAAAACUUUAGUUAAGGAUAAGAAAGUCUACAAGGUUACAAUUAAUUUUGCUAGAAGUAUAACCUCUAAAGUAAUAGAUGCAACCACUCUCCAAUUUAUGAAUAUCAUUUUGAGAAAGGCUCAAAACAGCUUGCAUUUACAAAGAAUUGGCAGACAUUACUAUAAUACUAACGAAAAAGUCGUUGCCAAUAUUGAAAAUCAUCAUAUUAAGAUAUUACCUGGUGCAUUAUCAACAACAUUCUUAGGCAGCAAGGGGCUGAUGUUGAAUGUGGACAUGAUCUACAAAACUUUAAGAACAGACACUGUGUAUUCUAUGCUUAUGGAUCUAAUGGACAAGUUUGAUAGUCAUGACAGAAUUGCAAAUGAAUUCAGAAAUACCAUUGUAUUAUGCACCUACAAUCAACGAACUGUACAUAUUGAUGAUGUAGAUUUUGAAAAGACCCCAAAAUCUACAUUUGUAAAGAAAACUGGUGAAAAGAUUACAUUUGCCAAAUAUUAUCAAGAACAAUACAAAAUUAAGGUUAAGGAUAUGAAUCAACCAUUGUUAAAGCAUGUAGAUAGAAAAGACCCUCAAAAAAUUGAAUAUUAUCUACCUGAAUUGUGUUUGCUUACUGGAUUGACUGAUGAUAUGAGAAAGAAUCACCAAUUAAUGAAGGCUCUCAAGGAUGCCACAGGUCUCACUCCAAAUCAAAGAAUUAGACAAAUUGUACACUCACAACAAGAAUGUCUUCAAAAUGAGGAAUAUACCGACCAAUUAGGUCUUUGGGGAUUGGAAAUUAAUGAUAAGUUAUUGGAGGUGGAGACCACUGUUCUUCCAUGCGAGAAAGUGGAAUUUGGUGAUAAUUUGCAAAAAACUGCCACUGGAGCAUCUUGGGAGGUAAAGAGAGAAAAACUCUUCAAACCAGUUAAGAUCGACAAUUGGUGUGUUUUCCAUCCAAAUGGAACAAAACAAGACACUACAAACUUUAUCAAAUCAUUGAAUGAUGUUUCCAAGCCAAUAGGAAUGAUUUUAGGAACUCCUAAACUAGUUGAACUUAGUGGAAACAAUGAGGAAACAUAUGCAUCUGAAAUUGAAGAAUAUAUGAGCGGUAAUAAGCCUUCUUUUGCUCUGGUGGUUUUAUUUAAUGAUCAAAAGCAAAGAUAUUCGAGAGUCAAGGAGGUAUUGUGCAAUCAAGUUGGUAUAAUUAGCCAAUGUGUUAAAUUGAGUACCAUUACUAACGAAAAGGGAUUAGCAUCUAAGGCAACCAAGGUAAUAGUGCAAAUUUGUUCUAAAAUGGGAGGUGCACCAUGGACAGUUCCUCUUGCUUUUCCAAACAAGGAACCAACUAUGAUUAUUGGAAUGGAUGUAUACCACUCAGGAGAAAUUUACAAAAGAAAAAAGGCUAGUGUAGCUGGAUUUGUAGCAAGUAUUGAUGCAAAAAUUUCUACAUACUUUACAAAGUGUAUAAUUCAAGAAGCUGGAAAGGAAAUUGUAGAUGAGUUGGAAGAAUGUAUGACUGCUGCCCUCAACAAAUUCAAGGAAAAGAAUAAGAUAUUACCAAAACAUGUUAUUUUCUAUAGAGAUGGUGUUGGAGAAGGCCAGAAAGAGGCUGUAUUGGAGAGGGAAGUAAUGGCUUGUAAGAAAGCUAUUAUGAAUAUUGCUCCAAGUUGCAAACUCAAUUAUAUUGUAGUUUCCAAGAGAAUUAAUACUAGAAUAUUUGCUCAAACAGAUCCAACCAAGCCAACUGAUUUCACCAAUCCACAACCUGGAACAGUUUUGGAUUAUGGAGUUACCAGUCAAAGAGAAGAUCCUUUGGCCAUUGAAUUUUAUUUGGUUGCUCAAAAGGUUGAUAAUGGUCAAGGAACAGCUACUCCAACCAAAUACCACUCCAUCUUUAACGAAAGCUCUCUGUCUAAACAAUAUUUGGAGACACUUUCAUUCAGACUUUGCCACAAUUAUUAUAAUUGGUUUGGAACUAUCAGAGUGCCAUCUCCAUGUAUGUAUGCACACAAGAUUGCUUCCUUAGUUGGACAAUACACCAAAUCAGCAGACUUUAAAGAUGUGCUUAACGACAAACUCUUCUACUUGUAA